CGGGCCGGAGGCGGGAGGGCGGCGCCGGGCCCGUGGGGCGGGAGCGGGGGAUGGAGAAGCUGCGGCGGCUGUGGAGGGGCCGCACGAUGACCUUCGGGGUGCCCCUGCUGCUCUAUCUCAUUGGAGGAUCUUUUGGACUCCGUGAAUUUGCUCAGAUAAGAUACGAUGUUCACGAACUACAUGGCAAGGUUGAUCCAGCUUUGAAAGAAAAAUUAAAACAGAAUCCUGUGACAUUGGAAUCUGAAUAUGAGAAGCUGGAAAAAUCUAAGUUGGAUAACUGGGAGAACAUCAGAGGACCCAGUCUGUGGGAAGAUUCCAGGACGGUUCAGAAACAACGGCGGGAGGCUCUCCGUCUCAAGACUGAGUGACUGAGAAAGCUGCCUUUGGUGCCUCUGGAAAAAAAGUCAAAAAAAUCUCAGGCUGGACUGUCUUAAUUUUUAAUCCAGUGUCAGGAAGAGACAUGGGAGCAUUUGCACUGUACAAUUCAGCUGGUGUAUAUAUAAGUAACUCUGAGAUCAGAACAAAAGACACUGUAUUAUAUGAAGCUCUUUGUUUGCAUCCAUUACAUCCAGGCUGUAUAUGUGAAUUUUCAAUUAAAAAAAGCUGAUUAUUCUACUGAGACUAUCCCAUUGUUUUUCAGUCUCUAACAUUCAAAACUGUUUCAGCAAGGAAUAACAUUUCAAGAGUCACUUGUCAGUACCAGAAGUUGUCAUCCUAAUGAGAACAACAGUGCUGUCAUCUAGAUGUGUGUGACCAGAUAAGUGCUGCUUCAGGGAGCCCCUGCAUGACUUCAGGCUCUUUAGCUUGGAAGGGACUCUACAGGCAUAUGAGCUGUUCAGAACAAUGAGUCCAAUUUUGGCUAAAUAAUACUCUUGUGUUUCAUUUCCAGGGACUGCAUAAAGGCAUGUACUGAGUGUCAGCUGAUAAUUGGUCAAAUAACAUUUGUUUAGAGGUGAUUAAAUUUCUGUGAUUAGUUUAUCAAUACCUUCAUGCAGGCUGGACCUCUGCUCUGGAACCUCUCAGUUUAAAUUGGAAGAACUCUUCCUUGCAAAGAGCUGUGCUGCUUCUCUGUGAGUAAAUACUGUAGCAGAAUCUUCUUGAACCGUUACACAGUGGUGAAGCUCAUCUUACAGGUAUAUUUGUGCAUGUGCAUAGAAGUCUUUUAUGUUCCAAUCAAUUCUUCUGAAAUGCUUUUCUUUUUAUAUUUGUCUUUGUGUGCUAAAUCUUUGCUGUUAGAGGACAUUGUGCUAACAUUCAGGACCCUUCUGCAGAGGGAGUCCAAUGAAGAAGCACCUACUCAAUUUUUCAAAUGAAAUUAAGCUUUUGAUAAGGUGUUGCAACAGACUUGUGAAACUCCUCAUCAGAGGAAUGGAGCAGUAGAAUACAUACUAACAGCAGAGUCUCAUUUCAAAACUCUCAGUGACACCUAUUUGUAAAUCCUUUUGGAACUGUCUUUGGAAAAAGUGUUGCCUCACUCCCCUCUGCAGGAUGUGUCAAUUGCAAUCUGAAUGUCCUUUUGGACACUUUUUUUAGGGUAGCCUCCUCAUGUAGAUCUUCUCUCAGCACUUCAUUUUCUUUAGACUGACAGUGGUGAGGCCCAGUCUUUCACUCAGGAGGAAGGAUUAACAUUGAUUUUUAGGGAGUUACAAAAGGAUUCAUAAAGCAUCACAUGAAAUAUCUUAGGCAUGUUUUGUGCAUGUUUUCUUCUGAUAGAGUUGUGAAAACCAUCAGAAAGUGGUGGAUGAAAUCUGGAACAAGGUUGGAGCUGUGUGUUAGUGUAUUUCCCUGUUCAAUGUCAUAGAUAUCUCUGCUUCUAAAUCAAGUAUGAACAAAUUAAACCACCCAGGAGAGGAAUAAGAGGAA